UUAACGCCAAAUAGUUCAUUAAUUUCUUUUUUAGGGCAUCAGUUUGCUUGAUUUACUUAUACUUUUAUACUCUUUUAAACGUAUAACAGUAAGAAGGUGCUUUCUCUGACUGAAUUCACACACUUUUACCCUCCUUUUUCAUACUUUUCCUGAAAAGUAGUUCAUCAGCAGUAAGCUAGUGUUGUAAAACUUUUAGCUAAAAGUCGGAUAUUUCGUUAUCUUACCUGACAAUGCCCUUGGUUGGCUGCAAAGAGGAUGUUCUGCAGCAGGUCAGUCAUAUUUGGUCCAUGCUGGAUGAACUUUGUGAAGACGACCCUGAAGCCUACCGCAAAUUAAUUGAAAAACAGAUGAGGGAAGGAGCUGAGUUAAAUGUUCCCCCUGAGUUCCACUCGUGUCUGUGUACUGAAAUGCUGGAACCAAAGAAAGGAUUACUGUACAUAAACCUCUGUAGCUGGAAACAUGUGCCAGCACCUCAGGAUCUCAACAAGCCCCUACCUUUAUAUGCAGGAAAACUGGAAACAGAAGCAAAUGAAGGUCAAGGCCAAUACUCUGUGUUGGAUGUGGCAUUAAACCCUGGGAUUUUACAGGAAUGUAAGAAAGAAGAAACACACAUGAACCAAGUUUAUAUGCUGCUCUUGAAAUUUUCCCAGCAGCAGCAUGGUUUAAAGUUAUCUCAGCAGUACAGCGUUGUCAGCUCCAGCCCAAAAAGCACGAUGGAUGACUUGUACCGUCGCCUUGGGUUUCAGCAGUGGCCCAACGUCGGCAAACAGCCAGACCCAGCCAGUCAGACCCCAGCUGCCCUCUUGCACCAGAUCUCUUCUAUACGUUCAGAGAGACAGGAAACCCCAGCAGCACAAAUUAUCUGUGGGCCUGCAGAGCACAAAAAGAAGGACUUGAUCCAGGUCAUCUCCUCCACAUUUGUGCAGCCACAGAGGCCAGAGUACCAACUUGAAAUGAAGACUGAUACAUCAGGAGCUCCUCACAGCAUGGAGCUGACAGUGGAGCUGCCAAAGGUUUUCUCUGUGUCAGAAUGCCAGCUGAGAAUCUCCAAGGAAGACGUCCUGUUGGAAGUUGAAGAUGUCUACUAUUUACUUCUGGAGUUUCCACAUUCUGUAAAUGAAGACGCUGCAUCUGCUGUCUUUAACAAAAAGCAGCGAAAGCUAACUUUGAAAGUAGAGGCUCUGUGACAAUUCAUUUGAUCUGCAGAAAACCAUUUGCAUCAUUUGAGAAGCAAACCCCCGCCCACGCUGAUCACAGGAGUGUGCUAAUGGUUCAUUUUGAACGAGUAAAAACCAAAAUUCCCGCUAUGCAAUCUGAUAACACUCUGCGAACACAUGCAGGGACAUGGAAGCUCUGAUGAACAAUAAACAACUCCCCUAUAAAUGGGGAGUCAACAUUUUCUAAAACUAAAAUGUUGUUUUCAGAUAAAUAUGUCACUUUGUGCUGUGUAUGUUGCUCUGCUACAAAAUCUAACCCCCCAAAAUUAAUUGCCUCUAAUGACAAUGUGUGGACUUGUUUGACAAUGUGUGGGUGCAGGAGUGGAGGUGUAUAAUGACUAAGAGCUGGUGUACAGUGGCAUUACUGUACAGCCAGGUAAUAACUAACAACAAAAUGAUCCAUGCAAUCAUUCAUGUUUAUUAAAACAGCAAAAUUGACUUAGAACAACACUAUUUGGCAAUCUGGAACAAGUGAAAAAUGUCAGUAAAGGUUUGCAUACGGAACGCUAUGCAAUGAUUACAGCUUAGGUGAGUACAGCAUAUAAAGUUUAAUGUUCUGUAAAAUACCUUGUUCGUUAACCGGAGUUUCAAGUAUCAUAUUACUGACCGUUCAUUACUAGCAAAGUCCCAUGUUGAAAUGUCUGAGGUGCAAACAAUGUCUAAUAUGCAUUCCAAUAAAGCAAAAAAA